AUGGAGGGAGGCGGUUGUCCUGUCACUGUUCAUGAAAAAACACCUGAACAAAUCGCAGAAGAAAAGCUAAGGGCGAAAUAUCCUAAUCUCGUUGCCCAGGGACCAUCAAUUUUGCAAAAACGGCUUAACCGCAACGUAAAGUAUUUUGACUCUGGCGAUUACAAUAUGGCUAAAGCUCGAUGUAACAACUCUCAGAAGGCUGGAAUGCUAAAAGCUAACCCAACUUCGUCUUCUACGAUUCCGGAGGUUCCGGCUGAUGUUAUUGCCGCACAACAAACUGGUGAUACAAUUCCCACGCCUGAGAAUGUUCCGGCGGUACGUAAAAAGGCUGUGGAGUUGCAGCACGAGCUACAGCAUCAAAGUCAUUUGGCCACUACUGUUACUUCCGUCACCAGUGGUGCUGUGACCACUACCCACUCCUUUUCUUCUUCCCGAGAUCCACCUGCCGUUUCUAUCGUCGAGUCGGGCUUAGCUCCCACGAACUCACCGGCUGAGAAGUGA